AAGGGUCGUACAUGCAGUAGGAAAGUGGCGCGGCGAUCAUGAUCAGAAAGCAUCUUGAAUCUUGAUGCCAGCAGCCAGUAGUAGAAGCGAAUGACAUCACAAUGUGGCUACCGUAGCUGCAUAUGGACGAUCCAGCUGGACAGGUGGACGAAUUGUGCCAGAUGGAUACUGUGUGAUGUGUGGGAACUCGGCGGAAGCUCUCUCAUGAGCAGCUUUUACCUAUCAGGCACAGCAUCUUAUGCGCAGCUCGCUGCUCCUCAAGAAAGGCACUGGCCUGCGUUGUCUGCUCACGCAACAGUUCCUGAUUCUGUCAGCUGGGGGGCAGCUUCUGAGGAAUCCCCGCCUCCACUGACUUCUCCACCCCACCAUGGCCGAAAAGCCCACCAUCGUUUUCGUCCACGGCGCAUGGCACUCCCCCGUGCACCUCGCCCCAGCCGCCCACGUGUUUGAGGCUGCCGGCUACCCCACUUGCUGCCCGCUUUUGCCUACGUACGGCGCGCAACCCCCGACCACGACUCUGUACGACGCCGCGGCCGCGCUGCGGGCAGAACUUGACCGGUUGAUUGAGACAGAGGGCAAGGACGUGGUUGUGGUCAUGCACUCGUACGGGGGUACGGUGGGCACUGAAGCGGUGCAUGCGACACUCGGGAAAUGCGCACGCGAGGCGGAGGGAAAAGCGGGGGGAGUGCUCAGGCUGGUGUUCCUGUGCGCGUUUGUGGUUCAAGAGGGAGCGAGCCUGCUCUCGCUUUCAAAAGGGGAGGCACCGCCGUAUCUCAUCAUCAACGAAGACGGGAGCUGCGUUGUGCAAGAGACUGCCUGCGCCCAGCUCUUCUACAACGACGUCCCCCCGGCCGAGCAGCAGCACUGGAUCUCGAAGCUCAAGCCCCACCCGGUUGUAUCGAUGAACAACCCGGUGACUUAUCUCGCAUACAAGCACCACCCGGCCUCGUAUAUAUUCUGCGAGAACGACCAGGCGGUGCCGGUAGAGGUGCAGAAGAUGAUGGUGAACGGCUCGGGGGUGGAGAUGCGGACGGAGACGCUGACGUCAGGGCACUCCCCGUUCUUAAGCAUGCCGGAGAAGCUGCUCGAGGCGGUGCAGAAGACGGCUGGUAUUUGAGAGGGACAGGCUGGGAGUGAUAUCUGACCGCUUGCGAUUCUGCGGGCGGUGCGCACGGACACUCUUUACUUGUCGGUUGAGGAUGGACGUCCGGUGAAUCUGAGAGCAUUUGAGAUUGGAUGUACAGGGAAAGUGAGGACUUGUAGUGUAAAAUUUUGGAUUUGCCUUGUAAUUGCCUACGAAAACUGGAAGAAUGGUCCAGAACGGUUGUCGUAGAGUAUUUCAGCCCAGUCCCUAGUGAUUGGCCAGCUCCAGCCUAGUAAGAGAAGCACUGUAAUCUCGAACGAUUUUACAACUACCGGUAGAUGAGGAAGAACUGAGCACUCAAGGUUCAGUAUGUCCAUUUUUGCUUUCAUAUAUAAGGCGCCAGAUUGCGGUCGAUAUCAAUAAGUACAUCCGCGGCGGCGCAACUUGUGAUCUGCGACGCUCUGUAGUUUGUAUCUUUGCAGUCAAAUGCUAGAUAAGAAGCAUACGAGCCAACCAUUUUCUUUGGAAGCUCAUGUGUCCGGCAA